UUUACCAUAACUGAUUGUAUCUUAUAAUAAAUAAUAAAAAAUGUUUCCUCUUUGUUCUUUCAUCACAUGAUUACAAUUAGAGACCCAAAAGGAAAUUAUUUGAUCAGUUGUUUAUUUAAUCUAAAUAAGAUGAAAUUGAUUUGAUUGUUGUGUUUUUCUGGAAGAAGUGAGUGAUUAAUUCUUGUUAUGAAAUUCGGGAAAGAGUUUACAACGCAUUUAGAAGAAACCCUACCCGAAUGGAGGGACAAGUAUUUGUGUUACAAACCCCUGAAGAAGCUUCUCAAGCACCUUCCUUCUACCGGCGAUAAUCUUCCUGACGGCGGUGAGAAUCCUCCGGCUCCGCUUCCACCUCCGCCGCACUUGCAGGACUGGUUCGUCAGAAUUCUCAAUGAGGAACUUGACAAAUUCAACGAUUUUUAUGUCGAUAAAGAGGAGGAAUUUAUUAUUCGUUUACAGGAAUUGAAGGAACGAAUUGAAAGAGUGAAGGAGAAGAGUGGCAAAGAUGGAGUUCUCACAAAAGACAGUGAAUUUAGUGAUGAAGUGAUGGGUAUACGUAAAGACUUUGUUGCCAUACACGGGGAGAUGGUUCUUCUUAAAAAUUACAGCUCUCUAAAUUUUGCAGGUCUUGUUAAGAUUUUGAAGAAGUUUGAUAAAAGAACUGGGAGAUUGUUGCGUCUUCCUUUCACACAACUUGCUCUUGAUCAGCCCUUCUUUACAACGGAGCCUCUAAAUAGAUUAGUUCGUGAGUGUGAGGAAAAUCUUGAGCUCCUAUUUCCUUUGGAAGCAGAAGUUGUAGAAUCAGAUGCUACUGCAGGAGGAACUACUUCUUAUGCUUCAAAUGUUUCUUUGGCACUGCCACUUGGGGAAGAUAAUGUGGAUAUAUAUCGAAGUACACUUGCGGCAAUCAAAGCUAUUCAGGGACUGAAGAAGGCAAGCUCCACAUAUAAUCCACUAUCAUUUUCAUAUAUCUUUGGUAACCAAGAUAAUGAUAGCACAGGCGCUAUAACUGCAGAAAACUCUGAUUCAGACCAGUUGGUUGCCUCUCAGAGUGAUAAAGAUACAGGUCAAGAGGAUUCCCAUCCACCGGAAUAGAGUUCACCGUUCUAGUUUGCCCAGUGGUUUGCUUCUUCAUUGUAUACUACUGUUCUGGAAUAAAUUGCUCUCCAGCUAUAACUUUUAGCACUAACUGGACUUUAGUGAUUCUUGGAUUGCUUCUCAUUUGUUUGAAACUUUUAGAGGGCAAAACCUUCUAAGUUAUACAUUCUGGGGAAGAUGUGUAGCAUCGAAGUUAGUCUUUUCAAAACUCGAACACUCUUAAGAUAUAGGUGCUACCAUUUCUGUUAAUGGUGUGUUUAUUAUGUGUCCAAUCUAACUAUGUCGCGAGUUUUGAUCAACAGAUAUGAAGUGUGUUUUCAUAUAGAAAAGGAGUAUUAUG